AUGGGUUCUAGAAUAGCUAUUCUUGAACCCACCCGAGAUCCCGAACCAAACCGGCCGAAAAACCCACUUACCCCAACCCAUACGUCUCUAUUUCUGAACUUCCCCACCUUCUUCCCUAUCAGCUCAAAAGGCAUUGGCACCUCGCUGCCCGACCCCAACUCCCGUCCGACCUUCUUCCCUGGCGGCAACCGCGCCGAAUCCCCGCCCAGCCUCCUUCCCCGCGGCGGUGGCGGCGAAUCCCCACCCAGCCUUCUUCCUCGCGGCAGCAGCGGCGAAUCCCCGCCCAGCCUUCUUCCCCACGGCAGCGGCGGCGAAUCCCUGCCUAGCCUUCUUCCCCGGCGGCAACCGCGCCGAAUCCCCGCCCAGCCUCCUCCGGCCGCCGCUCCAUCCGCUCGCUGCCGUAUCCUCCUCCUGGCGCCGCGCACUCCCAACCGCCGCGCCCGCCGCCACCGCCUCCUCUGCUCCAGCCAGCCCGCCGCCGCCCCCUCGCCCUCCAUCGUCGGCGGCCUCCUCGACUACCUCAACGAGUCAUGGACGCAGUUCCACGCCACUGCUGAGGCCAAGAGGCAGCUGCUGAUUGCGGGGUUCAAGCUGCUCAGCGAGAACGACGACUGGGACCUGCAGCCUGGUGGCCGCUACUUCUUCACCCGCAACAUGUCCUGCUUGGUUGCCUUUGCCGUGGGGGAAAAGUACAGAGUCGGCAACGGUUUCAACAUAAUUGCAGCCCACACCGAUAGUCCGUGUCUCAAGCUGAAACCACGGUCUGCCUCCUUCAAGUCUGGUCAUCAGAUGAUAAAUGUGCAGACGUACGGAGGCGGGCUGUGGCAUACAUGGUUUGAUAGAGACCUAACGUUGGCUGGGAGGGUCAUCCUCAGGGCUGCUGAUGGUUCGUUUGCGCACAAGCUUGUCAAAGAAGUUCGCUUUCAUUUAGCGGCAAGUUCGGCUCGUCCAAUUCGGGGUUUUACCUUUUUUCUCUCAAAAGGAAGUAAAUCUGACAAUACUUAGAGCUCUCUUAAGAUGGCGUUUGGG